AGUAAGAAGAGCAAAAAGGGAAUCUCGUCUCGUUCGAGGGCGGGGCUUUUGAUUUCAAUGCCGCCCGCGAGGUAUUGCCAUCCUCGAGGCGCGCCAAUCCAAACCCUUCCCUAAAUUUCUCCCGGUAUUUUGGUUUUCAGAUUCAUCGUUGCUUCCCUCUUGUUGCAGAUCAUCACAAGCUCCCUGCUUUUUUCCUCAAAAAAAAGCUCGCCUUUUGUGAUCUAUAUUGGCCGUUCUUUUGUGCUGUAGGAGGAGAGUGAUAAACAUCCAUACUUUUGUUUCCAGAUUCGCCAUUACUCCCGAGAUCCAAGUUUCUGUUCUUCUCGCAAAGGUUUCAUUUUUGUGGUUCUCUCAUAGUGGUUCUCUCUUCUGAAGAAUGUGAUUCUGAGGUUCUCACAUCAAACAAGGAGAUGGUGGAGACAUAUGUGGGUCCAAGUGAACUUCAUUUGAAGAAGGAGCUUGGUGCCCUCUGCAAGGCAAGGUUCCUUCGUGAUCCUGAAACUUGUUCAUCCUGGAGGUCUCGACUAAGUUCCAGAUCACUCACAGCCGCAUAUAAUUUGAAACGUGGGAAUGCACCUGGAACAAAAUUAACCCGAACUGAUAACAGUCAGAAAAAGGUAUACCUGUAUAAUUGGAGGCAUCAUUCAAGUAAAUCAAGUGAUAGAGGUUUGAAAUUAAAUGACAAUAGCAGGCAGGAUUCAGUGGACGAAAGCUUAGAUGAUAGUUCUAGCAUUCUUUCAAAAGUAGAUUCAAAGAGUGAUACAUACCUCGAGGUUUAUGCGAGCACACAUGGUGUUAGAGAUAAGCAGCCGGAGAAAACAGUGACAAGAGUUGGUAGAAAAUCAGAGAGAAGUGGCUCCUCAAGAAAGCAAAUUGUUAGGAAUUCAGCAGUUACAAAGUUCCUUGAAGGAUCAUCAAGUUCCUUAGGAAUACUUAACCAAGUUGAGGAGUCAGAUGAUAGUGAUCAUGGCAAUGGCAACUCAGAAGAUUUAAGACAACCAGCACAUGAGUAUGCUCAGGGAACUGGAUACCCGGCUCUCUCUGCAUCACCGCUAUUAUCUCUUUCUGCACGUAGAAAUCAGUCAUGCUCCAAAUUCUUCGGAAACACUGGGCGGGAGGAGUCAUCACAUUCUUAUACUCCCAUAUCAACUAGCUCUUACAACAGAUAUGGAGUUCGAAAUGCCAGUACUGCUGGGUCAUGGGAUGGCACUACUUCAUUUGAUGAGGAUGAAUUGGAUCAGAUGGAUUUACCUGGACAGCAAGGAUGUGGUAUUCCUUGUUAUUGGCCCAAAAGAUCAAAAGAUACAGGCUGUGGAGGUUGGUAUUCUCCUUCACUAUCUGAUACUCUAAGGAGAAAAGGAAACAGCAUUCUUUGCAGGGGCCAAAAAUUGUAUAAUAAGAGAAGAUUAUCUGCUUCACAAAAGCGAAAGUACUUGCUUAAAACUUCCCAGGGCCUGUCUCAUCUGACUAGUAGCUGUGGUGGAGGCAGCUCAUCAUCAGAAGCUGCAACUGAUGAGCUUUCAAGUAAUUUCGGGGAACUUGAUUUGGAGGCGAUGAGCCGAUUAGAUGGACGAAGAUGGUCAACCUGUAAAAGUCAAGAUGGAUGGGAAUUAGCACUACCUGGUGCAACUAACAUGGAGAUACUGCAUCGCAGAAGCUUGAACCAGAAACACCGACCGAUGUCUUUUGAUGAAAUAAUGGGCCAGAACAUUGUUGUCCAAUCGCUUAGUAAUGCUGUCAUAAGGGGGAGAAUAGCCCCUGCGUAUUUGUUUUAUGGUCCACGGGGGACUGGAAAAACAGCAACAGCAAUGGUAUUCUCAGCUGCUUUGAAUUGCCUCUCCACUGAACAUAAAAAGCCUUGUGGUUUCUGUAAAGAGUGCAGGAAUUUUUCCAGUGGAAAUGGAUCAAACGUGAUAGAGGUGGACGCCACUGAUAAUAAGAGUAUGGAUAGAUUCACAUAUCUAUUAAAGAAUAUGUCUGUAGCCAGAAAAUCGUCAAGACGCAAAGUUUUUGUGAUUGAGGAAUGCCACAUGUUAUCUUCCAAGUUGUGGUCUGCAUUCACUAAAUUUCUUGAAGAGCCACUUCCCCGUGUUGUCUUUAUUUUUGUUACAAUUGAUCCGGACAAAUUGCCUCGUGCUAUACUCUCUCGAUGUCAGAAAUACCUUUUCCCAAAGAUCAAGGAGGCUGAUAUUGUUUGCCGGUUGAGGAGGAUUUCUGAUGAAGAAAAACUUGACGUUGAAUUGGAUGCUCUGAAUGUGAUUGCUUUGAAUUCAGAUGGAUCACUUCGUGAUGCAGAAACAAUGUUGGACCAGCUGAGUUUGCUGGGAAAAAGAAUCACAUCAUCCCUCAGAAUGAUCUUGUAAGGAAUCGUCUCAGAGGAAAGAUUACUUGAUCUUCUGGAGAUAGCAAUGUCAUCAGACACUGCAGAAACAGUGAAAAGGUCCAGAGAGCUGAUGGAUUCUGGUGUUGAUCCAAUGGCUUUGAUGAACCAAUUAGCUGCACUUAUAAUGGACAUUAUUGCUGGCACAUACCAGUUGACGAAUUCAGAAUGCGGUGGCACAGUUCUUGGUGGACGAAGUUUAACUGAAGGUGAAUUGGAGAGAUUACAGCAAGCUUUGAAGAUUCUUUCUGAUGCUGAAAAGCAGCUAAAGGUUUCAAGCGAGCGGUCAACAUGGUUCACUGCAGCCUUGCUCCAACUUGGUUCUGGUCAUGAUGCACAACAAACUCCAGCUAUUUCCCAUGAACUAAGUACAGUACUGAUGAGAAUAACUGGCAGAAGUCCCACCCCCCAUGGACACAGAAGAAGUGAAAGCUUACCAAGCCAAUUGUUGCCUUCAAAAGAUCAAUCUACUGAUCAUGAAAUGUCAAAAGAUUUGGCUGAAAUUUGGAAAAGGUGCAUUGAGAGAUGCCAUUCAAAGAAACUCAGAGAAUUGCUUUAUGACCAUGGAAAGUUGGUAUCAAUCACAGAAUCCGAAGGUAUUCUGGUGGCUUUUAUAGGAUUUACAGAUGAUAAUAUUAAAUCCCAAGUGGAAAGGCUCUCGAGUAGCAUAAAGAAUUCUCUUGAUAUGGUCUUGAGGCACAGUGUGGAGAUUAGAAUUGGCCUGAUGUCGGAAUAUUACACAAAGGGAAAAUCUGUAGUGAUGGUUUCCGCAAGAGAUCAAGCGGAGAAUGUUAAGCUCUUGUUAAAGAAGAAAAUGAAUCAAUCUGAUGAAUUCGAUGAGUAUUCUGAGAAAGACAGAAAACACGGAGCCAGUGAGUUCUCUAGGAAAAGUCCUGAUUACUUGAGGUCUAUAAUCCAAAGAACACUACAAAAACAUGAACACUCUGCAGCGAUGAAUGGAUGCAUUAAUAAAUCUGAUGCAAUUCAUUGCAGAAAUGAGAAUGGCCGGGUUCAUAGAACUCUGAUGGGCACUACAGAUGAGCAAAAACUGGAAAGUGCAUGGCUUCAAGCCGAAGAAAAAUGUACCCCUGGGUCUUUGAGUCACUUGAAACGCGAAAAAAAUCAAAUUCAUCCACAAAAUGGUGCUAGUCUCAGUUUGUCUUCAGUAGUGCCAAGAUCAUCCAGCUGCAGGGAAGAAGAUCUGAAUCAGCAGAUUGAAGCCUUAAAAGUUUGUAAUUCUCGACUCACAUACAAUGAAGAAACUUCAAGGAGGGUCGACCACUCUGCCAUUUCUCCGAGUUUACUGCACAAUAACAACCUUGCUGCAAAUUCUGAGAAAGAAAACACGGAAUAUGAUUCAGCACCUGGUUGUGAUGGCCUUUUUUGUUGGAAUAUUCCUAAAUCAAACAGAGGGAAGCUGAAGCAAGGAACUCGCUUACGGUCACGAAGGAGCACACACAUAUCCUUGUUCGGGGAGUGCGGGAAGUCGAAGUCGCUUGAAAGUGCAGCAACAGAUAAAACAAGUUAAAGAUGGUGCAAUAUUUUUAUACCUUUUUCUGUAAAUUUUCAGUCCUUCAUUGAAGUACAAAAAGUUAAAGGUAUAA